CUCCGCUGAUUGUGGCGUUUACAAAUCUUCCAGAGCAAGCUUCGCUUUGCACGCUUUCCUAUCACCAUAAUCGCCACAUUAUAUACGAUUAGUACUUUUGUAACAUUAUUCUAUUUGCUGGUGUACUUUUCAAUCAUUCCUUUCGUGUGCUUCCUUUUUCAUCGCUCGAAGCAGGUGGCAGCACGUAAACAAAACGAAGAUAAGCCUUGAUACUCGCCAAAAUUGGUUCAUUUUGUGUGCCCCUUUGGACUUAAAUACUUGGAAGAAUUUUCUCAAUCCGUGUUUUCCCAAUCCGUAUAGUCAAGAACUAGUCUACCCUGCCUCAAGGAAUCCCGAUGGCAUCUUCCAACAUUAAACAUGUUACAGUAAUAGGUGGCGGUGUGAUGGGGUCGGGAAUAGCGAUGAUAACCGCCGCCAACGGGUACCGGGUGACUGUUGUGGAUGUUAAUGAGGACGCAAUUGGGCGAGCGAAACGGCAGGUAGAAAAGGAUAUGCGAAGAAUGGCACAACAUGUGAGCAAGGGUAAUGAACAGGCGGAGAACAAAUUUUACACCGAAGCCGCUGCCCGUAUGACGUACAGCGUGAAUUUGAAGGAAGUGGCCACCACAACGGAUCUGGUCAUCGAAGCGAUCGUGGAAAAUCUCGAACAAAAGCAAUCACUGUUCAAAAUUCUCGAUCAAGUUGCUCCACCACAUACGAUUUUAGCAAGCAACACCUCGUCGUUGUCCAUCGCGGAAAUAGGCUUGGGCGCGGUAAGAAAAGAUCGCAUCGGGGGGUUGCAUUUUUUCAACCCCGUACCAUUGAUGAAACUGAUCGAGGUGAUCCGGACGGACAACACAUCCGACAACACGCACGAUACGCUGGUGGCGUUUGGGAAAAGUCUUCGCAAAACGUGCAUUACCUGCCGGGAUAUGCCAGGGUUUGUCGUGAACCGUUUGCUGUUUCCGGUAAUACACGAGGCACUCGGGAUGGUGGAACGGAAGGACGCGACGGCUCACGAUAUUGAUGUAGCGAUGAAGCUCGGCCUCGGGCACCCGAUGGGUCCGUUCGAGCUGAUGGACAUUGUCGGUUUGGAUACGGUAUGCGCUAUUCAGCGGGAGCGUUUCGCACGCAACCCGACCGAUCUGGCCGCCAAACCAAGCGAACUGCUCCAACGGAUGGUGCGUGAUAAUAAGCUGGGUGUAAAAACUGGAGAAGGAUUCUAUAGCUAUAAAUAAAGGAGGGAAUGAAAGUAGCAUCAUUCUAAUGAUGUGACUUAGCCCAUCGAUCCUUAAUAGUUUCAUAUCCGGAAGGGGUAUCAAACAGGUCUAUUGGUAGCUUGAUUGCGAUAAAUAUACAUUCCACUUCGUUAUCAGUCCGAUGGAAGCGGAUUAACGAAUAAUGCAACAUUCUUCUCCAUUAGUAACACCUUUUGUCACCAUUGCCUGAGGAGAGAACCUACUGUGGACUAGACACAGCGUGCAGGUUUGUGGUUUUUAGUUUGGGUAAUAUUUGCAAAAGAGAACAAAACUGAUAAUUAA